AUGAAUGUGCGCCAUCUCAUGCGCGGCAUCAAAGGGGAAAUCUUUGCUGGCCUCAUUCGAAAUCCGCCGUCGACACUUGCAGAGUUCGAAGACAAAAAGGCUGUUCAGCGGUUCCUGCGCCUCUGCGCUUACUACCGAGACCACCGAGUUUACACCAUUCGAGCUUGUUUACCGACGUCGCGUUACAACCCGGUAGACCACGGAACCACAAGGAAUGACACAACUGAAGAUUUUGUCGAGGAAGCCGAGGAAGCUCGCCAGCUUGCUCGGAAUCGCAUCCGCACCCAGCAGAAUGCGGACGCCUACCGUUACAACCACACCCGGCGGAAUGUCCAGCACUUACCAGGAACCUUCUGCGGCAGCGAUGGCGCCGACGUCGACGACUGGCUGGAGAUGUAUGAGCUGAUUGCCGUGGACGGACUCGACCGUGAGAAGACCGUUUCGGCUACACCGGACACCUUUUAUCACUGGAAUGAGGAGGCGCACUGGGCAGCCCGAGGUCUAAUCAAUCGGGAGGUGUGCCCCUCAGGCUCGGAUCCCAUUGAUGAGGCACUGACGACAUACCACGAGUUUACAAACUACUACAAAACCAGCGAGACUGUCCAGUACAGCGACGGUCGUAGUAGGGCUGGCUGCGCCAAGAGGAAGGGCAAGCUGAGUGUGGCCGCCUGCUUCGUGUCCUGCGUGGUCGUCGCUAUCGUCCUGCUGCUCUCAUUUAGGAACAACGACAGUUCGCCUACAGUGUCAGUCCCGCUGCCAGGAUCGGAGAGCAUGGUGGCGUGCGUAAACCCGUGCAAGAAGCCGCAACACGUCUGCCACCCGGGCUCCGUCAGGGACGACAAGGGAUGCUUCGAGGCGGACUGCGCUUGCUUCCCUGAACACUGUCCAAAGCGGUGUCCUCCUCACCAAGAAUGCGACGUGGACUCGCUGGUGGACGGAUUGGGAUGCUUCACAGCCAACUGCAGAUGCUCUUCCAUCAGCCCCGAGUCAUCGAGGAGGAACUGCAGCAACUUCUGCCCGCCAGGCGAGAAGUGUCACGCUUACGCUGCGGUUGACGCCCAGGGUUGUCCGCUUCCCGGAUGCGUGUGCGUCCCUGACUGCAUAUCGCCAUGUCGAGUGGGAAAGCGAUGCAAGCCGAACUCCCCGCUCGACGCGAAGGGCUGCUUCAAGGAAGGCUGCAAAUGUGAAUCGGACUGCACCCCUCGAUGCCCAGUUGGUAUGAACUGCGAGCCGCACUCACCUCGGGAUCUUCACGGUUGCUUCUUGAUGGGUUGCUCUUGCGAAUCCUCGAUGACUUCCACGUCCAAUGCUAUCGAGACAUCGAAAUGCGCCGCGCCAUGUCCGCCAGGCAUGCGAUGUGUGGAGAACUCCACCAAAGACGAACGAGGUUGCUUUGUGCCUGGUUGCAGCUGUGAGAGUGCACCCGAAGUACUCCAGCUAUGGAGGAAAGUAUUUCCAACAAGAAGAACGACGUCAAAAGAGACAACGCAGCUGUGGGAAGAGACAAACGCCUCUACCACCCACAAAAACCACGACAGUUAUUCCUCGGGACCGCCAGACAGUCAUAUCCUAAUUCCUGAUGGCCGGAGGAUCAUCACUGAUAGAAUCACCUCUUCCCAAGAAAAUUCUGGUCUGAGGUCAAAAGAAAAGACUUCCAUAAAUAUAUUCUGGCCUCCCGAAAAUGGUUCAUCCAUGGAGGGCCAACCUCAGCAAAACUUCGUUGACAACAUUGCAGUGUCGACUAUAGCUGAAAUUCCGGAUCGAAGGAAGGAGCAUGUUCCGCUAGGAGGCGGUAACACCAGCGCAUCAUUUUCGGCUGAACUGCGAAGCGAUAAGCAGGGAAGUGGAGUGCUUGAAGCAAACGGAAGCGAAGGCGGUGUAGCGACGAUUCCUGAAACGCCUUCAACAAAGAGCGGCACGGAUACUUCACUUGCUUCUACGGCACGCAGUGAUGGUAACGGCACAACGAGCGUUUCGACGAACGCUUUAUUACUGUUGGACGAAAACGAUGACAACGACGACGGCUACGAGGCUUCGGAUAAUUUUUCGGCGGAACAAACGAAUGGUGAAAGCGUAGGGAAUUUGUCGCGGAAAGACGUAUUCGUGGCAUCAUCUUUACCGCGAGAUACUACGAUUGGCUUGCCGCGGAUUACUCAUGAACAAAAUGCCACCUCAUUACUUCGGAACGACGGAAAAAAGUGAUGAUGUUCAGGUACACCAUUUAAUUGGGGCAAUAAAUAACGCAGUGAACAGCGGA